UAUUUGCGACAGGAUCGAUGAGUCUUCUUUGAAUUUUCAGAUUUCCGUACGAACACUUUAAAUAACUCCUAAGAAGCCGAGUCAGAACGAAAAUUCAAGAUGAGCAAGAGAAAAGCACCAGAUAGCAACAAUCCUAACCAGGAAUUUGUCGACUUUCUUGUCGAGCUUGCCAACUAUGAGAAGAAUGUCAAUCGAGCAAUGCACAAACACAAUGCUUAUCGAAAGGCUGCCAGCGUCCUGGCUAAGUACCCAACCAAGAUCAAGAGUGGAGAUGAGGCAAAAAAACUGGAUGGCAUUGGUGAUAAAAUUGCCAAAAAGAUUGAUGAAGUCAUAGCAACAGGAAAGCUCGAGAAACUGGAGAAAAUCCGCAAAGAUGACAAAAGUGAGGCUAUCAAUCUGCUCACAAGAGUGUCAGGAAUAGGGCCCGUUGCUGCCAGAAAACUGGUAAUGGAUGAUGGCAUAAUGUCUAUUGAUGAUUUGAGAAAGCACACAGAUAAGCUGAAUCAUCAUCAAAAGAUUGGGUUACAGCAUUUUGAAGACUUUGAGAGGAGAAUCCCUCGGGACGAGGUGACCAGAUUGGAAACUCUCGUCAAGUCUCAGGUAGCAGCGGAAGAUGAAGAUUACUUAGCAACUGUGUGCGGAAGCUACAGGAGAGGGGCGGCCUCCAGCGGUGACAUGGACGUCCUCCUUACACACCCAUCAUACACAUCCAAGGAUAAGAAGAAGCCUGAGCUGUUGGUUAAAGUGGUGAAGAAAAUGAUAGAGAGCAAACUAGUCACAGAAACCAUAUCACAGGGUGACACCAAGUUUAUGGGUGUCAUCCGUCUCCCCCAGAAGGACGCCAAGGAGGGCGAAGAGCGAUACUUCCGUCGUCUUGACAUCCGUCUGAUACCCCAUGAUCAGUACCAUUGCGGCACUCUCUACUUCACCGGCAGUGACAUGUUCAACAAAGACAUGAGAGCGAAGGCGAUAGACGAAGGUUUCACCCUCAAUGAGUACUCUAUCAGGCCGAUGGGUAGUACAGGAAUUGCUGGAGAACCACUUCCUGUGACCUCUGAAGAGGACGUCUUUGACUACAUCGGGAUGAAAUAUAAAUCUCCUUCAGAAAGAAAUAUGUAAAAUGAAUUUUGCAAUAAUCAUUUUCAUCCUAAACACCGUCGUGACACAAUGAUCAUCACAAUCAUCCUCUUGCCAUCAGUACUGUCAUUAUUUUACCAGGGCCUUGUUUUAUAUUUCAUCUUCACAGCUUUUGGGAGCAUUUAGUGCAAGAACUUGUUGGACGUUUUAUCCAACAAAUCCUGUUUAAUUCAACAAUUACCAUAGUAACAACGAUU